AAGUAUAACAGCAAACUUAUUCAUAAUUACCUUUUGUGCUCAUUGGGAUAGUUUGAUUGGUUUUGUAUUACAUUGCAAAUUAGAAUAACUAUAUUUAACCUUGUGUUUAUAUACGAUCUCUCUCUAGACGUUAAACUAUAUAUCAGGUAGCAUAUAUCUCGUCACAACUCUAGCAUUUUUCUAAUUUUGCUGUCCGAUAACUUCUAUCAUCUCUCAAUUUGCGGGUCUUUCGCUUUUCGCUACUAGACAUUGAGUGUUAUCCAGCAAAGUUCAUAAACCAAAGGCUCGUGUUAAAACUGAAACUUAGCGCAUGCUUCAAUUAUGGGAACAUUAGGAACGAUGAUAGAGGCUGUAUUGGAAUAUGCACUCAUUAUGAGGAUCCGGAGACGCUUACUUCUAAUCGCCCCAUUAGCACUACCAACCGGGUCGUUCAAGUCUCAUCUAUUCUUUGAAGCCAGUAGAACUCGCGACAACCAGUGCUUUAAAUAUUUAAAGGUCGUCAACGUUUCUCGGGAUGCGGAGCUAAUUGCGGUAUCAAUAUUUUUACCCAGCACUCGCGAAUAUGGCUAUGCAAACACAAAGCGGUGCCAAGGGGGCCCUUGUCAUAUCAACAUCGAAGCUGUAACACGCAAUGGUCUUACCAGGGAAAAGGAUGGCAGUGUGAUUGUUCAGUGGAAAUAUCAGGCGCCUCAACAAAUACAGGACCAAAUACUUACUAUACUCAAUGCAUAGUAUUGGAAGGCGAAAACACCAAGGCAAUGGAAGUUGAUAUACUAUUCGGAACGAAACUCAAAGCUAGAACCGAGCAUCCUGCGCCUCAUUCACUCUAUUUAAGGGAGGCUCCAAUGCUACCAAUGCUGCAUCCUCUCACGACGGAACCGGCUAUAUAUGAUAUGAGUAACUUGAGGGUGGGAACUGAAUGUGCGUAGGCUGGAAGCGGAGGGUUUCUUAUGUCAAGCGACACUCUUGCUCUAUUUCUUCUGAAGGAUGUACUUUAGACACCCCGUAGGCCAUGGUCGUGCUUUGGGUGACUACCUACAUGUUUACACGCACACUAAACGUUAAGGAAUUCGUUAUGAUCAUCAUUAACUACCUGAAAUAGAGAUGGCGGGUAACCGAAGGUAUAACCAGAACUAUUUAUGGUACAUAUCCUGGCUAGGGAAGGCACAUAGUUAGUCGAGAUCUCUGUCAACUGAGUGAAGCUUGAAAAAUCCUAGGUUUUUUGCUUUGAUAAACGUUAGGAGUCAUGUAUCUGCGAGACAAACAGGAUUGUGAUGUUAUUGUUGCUAAAGGAAUCUUGAUAUCUGUUUAUUUCCUAUUUAGAAAUGUUAGAGAUAACUGCAGGG